AUGCGUCUCCCAUGGCUCCUCCUCUCUGUCUUGUUCCUCCACCUCAGCCGCACCUCCACCGCAGCGCCGCCGCGGAUGACGGAACACCGUGCCUUGCUCUCUGUCAAAGCCGCCAUCGCCGAGGACCCGCAGUCGGGCCUGGCGUCGUGGAAGGACUCCACGGAGCACUGCACGUGGAGGGGAGUCACGUGCGAUUCCUCGCGCAGGCACGUGACUGCGCUGGACAUCUCCGGCCUGGGCCUCGUCGGAACCCUUUCCCCGGACAUAGGCCAGCUCCGCUUCCCGCCGCAGCUUUACCGCCUCGGGAACCUCCAGGUCCUCGAUCUGUACAACAACAACUUGACCGGCGAUUGCCCCUCGCAGGCGCAUUCCCUCACCAAUCUCCGCCACCUGCAUCUCGGCGGAAACUUCUUCACCGGUCGAUUCCCGCCGGAGUUCGGCUCUUUUCCUCACCUUGAGUACUUAGCUGUUUCCGGUAAUGAGCUCACCGGAGAAAUACCGCCGGAAAUCGGGAACUUGACUCAGCUCAAAGAGCUUUACAUUGGGUAUUAUAACGCUUUCACGGGUGGAAUCCCUAAGGAGAUCGGGAAGUUGUCGCAGUUGGUGAAAUUCGACGCAGCCAACAGCGGGCUUACCGGUGAGAUCCCGCCGGAGAUAGGGAAUCUGCAGAACCUCAACACUCUUUUUCUGCAGGUAAAUGGACUUUCCGGCGGCCUCACAUCGGAGAUUGGCAACCUGAAGAGCUUGAGAUCAUUGGAUCUGUCAAACAAUGUGUUUUCGGGUGAAAUACCGCCCUCGUUUGCCGAGCUCAAAAACUUAACCCUCUUAAACCUUUUCAGGAACAAGCUCACUGGCUCUAUUCCUGAUUUUAUUGGCGAGCUGCCGGAGCUACAGGUUCUGCAGUUGUGGGAAAAUAAUUUCACCGGAACUAUUCCUCCCAACUUGGGAACUAACGGGAAUCUUCAGGAAGUCGAUGUUAGUUCAAACAAACUGACUGGAAACUUGCCCCAGACUAUUUGUAAGGGCAAUCAGCUUCACACAUUAAUCACUCUCGGAAAUUUCCUCAUCGGCCCGAUUACUGACUCGCUGGGUCAAUGCGAGUCACUGAGUCGGAUUCGAAUGAGUUAUAACUAUCUUAAUGGGUCCAUUCCAAAAGGGCUAUUGAGUCUGCCUAAACUCACUCAAGUUGAGCUUCAAGAUAAUCUUCUUUCUGGUGCUUUCCCUGAGACCGACGGACAAUCUACGAGUCUUGGGCAGAUUACUCUCUCGAACAAUCACCUCACGGGGCCUUUGCCGCCAAGCAUUGGCAAUUUCGUGGCCGUUCAGAAGCUCUUACUCGAUGGGAACAAAUUUUCAGGCCCAAUCCCGGCUGAAAUUGGGAAAUUACAGCAGCUCUCUAAGAUGGAUUUGAGCCACAACGAAUUCUCGGGCCACAUUGCAUCCGAGAUCAGCAAAUGCAAGCUGUUGACGUUUGUGGACCUCAGCCGGAAUCAGCUGUCUGGUGAUAUCCCUUCAGAGAUCACUGGUAUGAGAAUCUUGAACUACUUGAAUGUGUCUAGAAAUCAUUUGGUGGGUGGCAUCCCUUCAUCCAUUGCUAGCAUGCAGAGUUUAACCUGCGUGGAUUUUUCUUACAACAAUCUCUCUGGUUUGGUUCCUGAGACUGGCCAGUUUAGUUAUUUCAAUUACACCUCAUUUCUGGGCAAUACUGAUCUCUGUGGCCCGUAUCUGGGGCCCUGCAAGCCGGGUAUUGCCGGAGGUCCCACUAGGACUCACGAGAAGGGGACUUUCACCCCCUCCAUGAAGCUUGUCCUCGUGAUUGGAUUGCUUGUUUGCUCGAUCCUGUUUGCUGUGGCAGCCAUCAUCAAGGCCAGGUCAUUGAAGAAGGCGAAAGGGACCCGUUCUUGGAAGCUCACUGCCUUCCAACGUCUGGAUUUCACUUGCGAUGAUGUCUUGGAUAGUCUCAAAGAGGACAACAUUAUUGGCAAGGGUGGGGCCGGAAUUGUUUACAAGGGUGCUAUGCCCAACGGGCAAAUGGUGGCCGUCAAGCGGCUGGCGACAAUGGGCCGCGGCUCCUCUCACCAUGACCAUGGUUUUAGUGCCGAGAUACAGACUCUGGGGAGGAUCAGGCACAGGCACAUUGUUCGUUUACUGGGAUUCUGUUCAAAUCAUGAGAUGAACCUGCUGGUGUACGAGUACAUGCCCAAUGGGAGCCUGGGUGAGAUGCUCCACAGCAAGAAAGGAGGCCACUUGCAUUGGGACACACGGUACAAGAUAGCGGUAGAGGCCGCCAAGGGUCUCUGCUAUCUGCAUCACGACUGCUCGCCUUUGAUCGUCCACCGUGAUGUCAAGUCGAAUAACAUACUCCUGGAUUCGGGCUUUGAGGCCCAUGUUGCCGAUUUUGGGCUUGCCAAGUUCUUGCAGGAUUCUGGGACAUCCGAGUGCAUGUCGGCCAUUGCCGGUUCUUAUGGCUACAUUGCUCCCGAAUACGCAUACACACUCAGGGUGGACGAAAAGAGUGACGUGUACAGCUUCGGGGUUGUUCUCUUGGAACUCGUCACGGGCCGAAAGCCCGUUGGCGAGUUUGGGGACGGGGUGGACAUAGUGCAGUGGGUUCGGAAAAUGACAGAUGGGGUCACUGAAGGCGUGCUCAAGAUCCUCGAUCAAAGGCUCCCGACUGUCCCACUCCAUGAGGUGAUGCACGUCUUUCAUGUGGCGAUGCUCUGUGUGGAGGAUCAGGCAGUCGCGCGCCCUACCAUGCGGGAGGUUGUGCAGAUGCUGACCGAGCUGCCCAAGCCACCCGAUGCAAAACUAGAAGACUCGAAGGAUUCUGAUGUGGCUCAACCGAAAUCGGGUUUGGAGUCUUCCGAACUACCUGUUCCGGAUCUCCUCAGCAUUUGA